GAAAUGAGACAAAGAAAGUGGGGUUAGCCCAGGAAGUUUCCACCCACUGCAUACCAACAUCAGUCUCUCAAGAUCCAGCCACACCAACCCCUGCCUCCACUCAGUGUCUUAGGGUCCUCACACCAAAGGUGGCCUGACACACACUGUCCACAGCUUAGUCCUCCCUCUCAUCUGAGUAUCCCUCACAGACUGUUUAAAAUAUACAUGAAGCCAGCAAAAUGACUCAGCGGUAAAGGCACCAAACCUCACCACCGGAGUUCAAUCCCCAGGACCCACACAGAGGAGGGAGAGAACCGAGUCCUGAAUUCCUCAGAUCUCCAAAGGUGUUUGUGCACACACACACACACACACACACACAGACACACAGACACAGACACAGACACAGACACACACACGAUAAAUGAAUAAAUGUAAUGAACACAAGUAAUGAAAAGAGCAGGAAGCCGGGAGGCGGAGGCAGGAGGAUCUCUGUGAGUUCAAGGCCAGCCUGGUCUACAGCGUGAGUUCCAGGACAGCCAAGGCUACAUGGAGAAACCUCAAAAAACAAACAAACAGAACUAGUCUGCACCAACCCUGGCCGCCUCCACUACAUACAAGGCAGAAGAGAGCCCUGGCUAGGGUCCCUCCUGAGCACACACACAGAAAAUCUGUGCUGUUUGUCCGUGUGUGUGUUUGUGUCAUGGCACUUGUGUGACAACUUGCGAGGAUGCAUUUUCCUUUCUCAGUGUGGAUGCCCGGGAAGGAGACGGCCUGCAGACCUCCUGACAGGUGGCUUGAGUGCCUGGGUCAUGCUGACUCUGGCUUUGUUUUUGAGACAGACUGUAUUGUAGCCCAGGGUGGCUUGGAACUUACGGUGAUUCUCCUGCCUCGGCUUCUCAAUCGUUGAGAACACAGGGUCCGCCACCAACUGCACAUCAGGGAGGGUUUUUUCCUCCUUAUUUUUGAGAGAACUGUUAAAGAGUCUGGUGACUCCCAGACCUUCAUGAAGGCCUUGCUAUCGCUCUAGAGAACGGUUUAGCACCAGGAAGGCGGCACUAAUAACCAGGGGACGUUACUGUCAGCUGCCAUGGCUCGUUACCAAAGCAGAAACUGCCCAUACUGUGUCGCAUUUACCGAGCAUCUACUGUACAAGUUGGGAAACUGAGGCAGAGACAUAGUGGGAGAGCUGGGAAAUGGACUUUCCAGACGCCCCCAGUCCAACAGACAAAUUCAUUGGGGCGGCCACUUUGGGGACAUGGACUAUUUUUACAGUGGUGGGCUCCAAGCUACCCACAUCCCAAGGCGGGAGUUUUCCAUGGCAACCAGUGACGUCAUCUGUCCCCACAGCCAAUUGGAGGGGGGGCGGAAACUGCCAGGCGCUGGACCACUAAGCGGCCUGGGGUUGGCCUGCAGAGGGGAAGAGAUGGGCCCUGGUUGUGCUCCGAUCCCGUACAUCUCUUCUCUGCAUCGUCUCGCUCCCCCCCACUACCAAGCCAGAAACAGAAUUUCAGCUCGGAGGUCCAGCCUCGUACUCCCCCAACCAUGUCUGUUUUCUUCGGGUCUGGGAUGCUGCUGUGUGGCGUCCCUCAACAGCCCAACCUCUCUGUGUCCCAGUUAACUCCUUUAGAAAACAGCGGGUCCCACAGAGCCAGGUGCCAGUAUCCGCAGCGACGAAGGGAAGUUUAAACGCAUCCCCAAGCUGGGGCCUCUGGACUCAGUUUUCCUGUCUGUGAUGUGGGCAAGCCAUGGAGGCCUUCCUGAGACUAUUCGAGACCAUUAGGGGGUGAAGCCCAAGCCUCAGUCUUCUGAGAACUUCCCUCCCUUGAUGGCUAGCCUGGAGCUCAUGGCCAUCCUGCUGCCUCAGCCUCCCAAUGUCAGCGUGUUCCGGGGUGGAGACAGGGCGGCCGGGCCCCUUCAGAGGUGCAGAAGUUCCCGGGGCUUCACAACUCCUGUGGACCUGAUGGGGCUGCGGGGGACCAGCCAACCCAUCGUCCUCGUCCUCCUGCUCUGCCGGCUGGGCGUCUCCUGCAGAGCUGACAGCUGCCUCUUUGAGAAGCCACCCCUGUCCCCGGAUGGAGCCUCAGGCGCCUCAGGACCCAGGAACUUGAGUUGCUACAGGGUUUCCGGGGCAGACUACGAAUGCUCCUGGCAGUAUGACGGCUCUGAGGACAAUGUCACUCACUUCCUGAGGUGCUGCUUCAGUGGAGGGCGCUGCUGCUACUUCCCCGCGGGCCAUUCCAGGACUGUGCAGUUCUCGGAACAGGCUGGCGUCCCUGUACUGUCUACCGUCACGUUCUGGGUGGAGUCUCGGCUCAGCAGCUGGACCAUGAAGUCUCUGGAGAUAUCCCUGUGCCUGUCUGAGUGGAGUGAGCGCCCUUUCACCCCAGUCAAGUUCAGCCCUCCCCUGGGGGACGUCAGAGUGUCUCGUACCGAAGGGCAGUUACGCCUGGAUUGGAACAUCACUGACGAGGGUCCAGCCGAGGUGCAGUUCAGGCGCCGGACGCCCACAGCAAACUGGACAUUGGGUGACUGUGGACCCCAGGAUAACUCUGGCUUAGGUGUGAUUGAGGACAUUCAUGAUAGCAUUUCUGAGUCCUGCCUCUGCCCUUCAGAGAACAUGGCCCAGGAGUUCCAGAUCCGGCGGCGAAGGCGGCUCUCCUCGGGGGCUCCCGGAGGCCCCUGGAGUAGCUGGAGUGCUUCUGUGUGUGCUCCACCUGAACCCUUCCCCCAGCCUGAGGUCAAGUUUCUGGUGGAGCCACUGGGCCGAGGUGGAAGGCGGCGUCUGACCAUGCAAGGCCAGUCUCUGCAGCCAGCUGUCCCCGAGGGCUGCGAGGGAGUCAGGCCCGGUGCGCAGGCGCGGUACUUGGUGCGCGUGCACAUGCUGUCCUGCACGUGCCAGCUUCUGAGCAGGAAGACCGUGUCCCUGGGCAAGCCGCUGAGCCUGUCUGGGGCUGCCUACGACUUGGUCGUACUCACCAGGACUCGCUUCGGCCGCAGCCCCUACCUGACGUGGCACCUUCCUGCCCAAGAGCUCACAGGGCUCCUUCCAGGGAUGAGAACCUUGAAUGUCAGCGUGGAAGGCAACGUGACAUCCUUGCACUGGGCGGCCCAGGCCCCGGACACCACCUACUGCCUUGAGUGGCAGGCUCGGGGCCAGGGCGGGAACCACACCCACUGUACUCUGAUUGCUCCAGGAGACGGGGACCCCGCUGGGAAGGUGACCCACAGCUGGAGCUCCGAGCCUGCCCUGGACCAGGAGGAGUGUUACCGCAUCACCGUCUUCGCCUCUAAGGAUCCAGAGAACCCGGUGCUGUGGUACACGCUCCUGUCCGGUUACUACUUUGGGGGUAACGCCUCGGUGGCUGGGACUCCGAACCACGUGUGGGUGAGGAACCACAGCGGAAACUCGGUGUCCGUGGAGUGGGCGCCGUCGCGGCUAAGUGCCUGCCCGGGGGUCCUGACGCGAUACGUCGUGCGCUGCGAGGCUGAGGACAGCGAGUGGGUGUCAGAGUGGCUCGUGCCACCCACACAAACCCAAGUGACACUUGAGGGACUGCGCAGUGGCGUGGUGUACAAGGCACAGGUGCGAGCGGACACCGCGCGGCUCGUCGGCUCCUGGAGCCGCCCUCAGCGCUUCAGCUUCGAGGUGCAGAUUUCCCGGUUAUCCAUCAUUUUCGCGUCUCUGGGGAGCUUCGCCAGCGUCCUCCUCGUGGGCGGCCUCGGGUACAUCGGUUUGAACAGGGUGGCCUGGCACUUGUGCCCGCCCCUGCCCACCCCCUGCGCCAGCACAGCUGUGGAGUUCCCUGGCAGCCAGGGCAAGCAGGCUUGGCAGUGGCGCAGCCCUGAGGACUUCCCGGAGGUGCUGUGCCCGCGAGAGACGCUGGUGGUGGAGAAGGCUCGGGACGCAGAUGACCGGACGGAGCCGCCCCAGGCCGCCCCUGCGCUUGCCCUGGCCACCGCGCGGUCCUGGGAGGCCGGGAGUCAGGUGAACGGACGCCCCGAGGCCAAGGGCCUGGGCAUGGGCAAGGACUGUCCCCGCGGCGGCCUGGCCCACGAGGAACUCCCGCUGCUCCUGGGGGAUGUGACCCAGGGAGCCUCCGCGUUUGGCGACCUUUGGUGGGCCCCGAAGACCGAGGAGCCGGCACCAUCCAUCCGGCCUUCGGGACCAGAGCACUGACUGGAUAGGAGACUCGAUGGCGAGCUCAGCUGCUCCCUCCUCGGCCCCUGAGCCGCGGCAGCUGCGACCCAAAGGCUGCUCCAUUUUAUAGAUGCGAAUACUGAGGCUCCAAGAGGGUGAACCUCUCACCCGAGGCCACACGGAGUUGGCGAAUCCAGGCCUGAGUGACAGUUGCCUUUCUCUCCUGCUGUAGAACCUGCUCCUUCUGCUCUCUCCAGGCCCUGUACCCACACAGCCUGCGAGGGGACCCUAGAAACGGCCAAGCAGGGGGAACUGCUUAGGCAGCUGGCCUUGGUGUCCUUAGGUCAAGGCUGGGCCCCAUCACUGGUCUGUUUGGGGGUCCUUUAGUCUGAGGGGACCUGGCCACAGGCUCCAAUUGGCUCCUGUGUCCUGAGCUGGGGUCCAAUCCCAGGAGCACUGGACAGGGAGCCUGGAUGCUUCUAGAGCACCAUAGGAUGGGCUCGGCACCGUGAGAGCGGUGGGCGUCAUGGCCUGGACAUCUGGGGAAGGUUACACAUGCAGACUCAGCUUCCCUGUUGGAGUACGGAGCACUUGAUAAAUGGGCUGAGGCUGGC